GAAACCCUUCAACUAACAUCUAAAAUUAGAAUUGUUAGAUUUAUAUAAUCGAUUUUACUGAGAAUCGUUUAGUUUAGUAACAUCCUUAGAAUAAAUGUUAUAUAGAAAUUAACAGAUGAAGUUAUCCUAAUAGUUGUAGAGAACGAAAUAGAGGAAUUUGUGUCCGACUUAUGUAAUUAAAUGAAUACGUUUUAACAGAAAACUAAUUAUGUAGCGAGUGCCAAGUAUAUUUGUUAUCUUCGAGACCUAUUGGCGGUCGCGGCUUUGAUUUUAUAAAUAGCAUUUUUUAAAUUUGUUCCUGUUCAAUGCCGUCCGUCCUAUUUGAACAGUCGACGAGUAUAUUGUGCGAUUUCGACGCGAAAUGGUUAUGGAAGCGGAGAACAGUUUCAUCGAUGCGGUCGUGGACUUAUACAGGGCUAAAGAUUGGAGGUCGAUCGUGUUGUUGAAUGAACACUCCAACAACGAGGCCGCACUUCGAUUGCUCUGGGUAUGGCCCAGUCUCGAGAAUGUCGAAUUUAUUCGACGGACUUUGUGUGAGUCCAAUCUAUCCGGCAUGAUUUCAAUCGGUUGCGGUUGCGGACUAUUGGAGUGGAUUCUUCAGGAAGCCACUGGAUUUAAGGUGUUCGGUAUCGAAGUAAACGAAGAAUGGUGGAUCAGCAAAUACAGUAAUCCCAAAUUCAUUCCACAUCUAUACCCGACGGCGGAGGAGCCUAACCCAGUUCUGAAUCCAAAUUUUGCUUUGCUGUUUUGCUAUUUUAACGACGGGCAAGCCUUUAAGGAAUAUGUGGAUCGGUACGAAGGAUGUCUGAUAGUGAUAAUAGGACCUGGUGAAGGGAGAGGAACUCAUACAGAUCCAGAACCAUUCAAGCCAGAUUUUGGUAUAUAUAGUCGCUGGAAUCUGCUUAGCUUCCAGGAGGUGAAAACUACUAAAGAUUUUAUAGCAGUUUAUCAAAGACAGCAGUAAAGUAUAGCGAAUUAUAUAUU